UCUUGAUACAAGCAGAUCUUCCAGCCUCCUCGCUCAAGAGAAGCAUCACUCCCGAAACGGAAGCGGGACACUUUGGAGAGAAUGCCAGAGUGCAUGAAAAUAAAACCCACGCGCUCAUAUUUGCACCAGUCUCCAAUCUCCUGUAAGAUCCAGAAGGGCAAACUGAGAGUGUGUGACCUUUCAAGAAAGCUAAACAGCCCAUGAUGUUGAGCAUGCAGACUUCUAGUUGUUAAACUCAGUCCACUGCUUUACGUCACCUCCAGGAGCGUGGAUGCCGACUUCUGGUGGUGACAGUCUACGUAAACAUUUGAUCUACAAUCACUCUCCGAAUGCAUUGGUGAAUUGAUUGGAACUUCAAAAGCCAAGGAAAAUCUAAAAGAGAAAAACUCCUAGCCAAAAAAAAAUAACAUUGAAAUCUUAACAGCGAGGCAAGGCUUCCUUUCCUGUUCACAGCCUAAGAAGUGAUGUAACUGCCACUGCCGAACAAUGACGAUGAACAGCACGUGUGUUGAAGAACAGCAUGCCCUAGAUCGCUAUUUGUUCCCAGUGGUCUACAUAUUUGUGUUUAUAGUCAGCGUCCCGGCCAACCUUGGCUCUUUAUGCGUAUCCUUUCUGCAAGCAAAGAAGGAGAACGAGCUAGGAAUUUACCUCUUCAGUUUGUCACUGUCAGAUCUGCUGUACGCGUUGACGCUGCCCCUGUGGAUCAAUUACACUUGGAAUAAAGACAACUGGACGUUCUCUCCCGCCUUAUGCAAAGGAAGUGUCUUCUUCACGUACAUGAACUUCUACAGCAGCACGGCGUUCCUCACCUGCAUUGCCUUGGACCGCUAUUUAGCAGUUGUCUACCCGCUGAAGUUUUCCUUUCUGAGAACGAGAAGAUUUGCCUUCAUGAGCAGCCUGUCUAUCUGGAUAUUGGAGUCCAUCUUUAACUCCAUCCUCCUGUGGAAAGAUGAAACAAGCGUUGAAUACUGUGCUGCCGAGAAGUUGCACUUCACCCUGUGUUACGACAAAUACCCACUGGAGACCUGGCAGAUCGACCUCAACCUGUUCAGGACGUGCAUGGGCUACGCGCUGCCUUUGGUCACCAUCAUGAUCUGCAACCAUAGAGUCUACCGAGCCGUGCAGCACAACCAAGCCACGGAGAGCAGCGAGAAGAGAAGAAUCAUAAAGCUGCUCGCGGGCAUCACGUUGACUUUCGUACUAUGCUUCACGCCCUUCCAUGUGAUGGUGCUCAUCCGCUGCAUUUUGGAGCGCAAUAUGAACUUGAACAAGUCCGGAAAGCAGACGUUCACGGCGUACCGAAUCACAGUGGCUCUGACAAGUCUAAACUGCGUCGCGGAUCCAAUUCUGUAUUGUUUUGUGACUGAAACAGGGAGAGCCGAUAUGUGGAACAUAUUAAAAUUGUGUACCAGGAAACACAAUAGAUCACAAGGACAAAAAAAGGAAGUAAUUUCUGUGUCCACAAGAGAUACCAUAGAAUUAGAGAUUAUAGCAUAAAAGAUGAAGGCCAGUUAACUUGCAUGAUAUUAUACAAUAAAAACUGUAUUUUUGAAAGUAAAUCUGGUAGAGGAGGACCAGGAGUUUUGAGUGAAUACUUUAUUCUACCCCAGUAGAAGUAUUUUAAAGGUACAUUGUACAACUCCUACAUUGACUUUCAUUAAAUAAGGUAUGAAAAUGUACCAUUUUCUAAAGACUUGGCGCCAUCCUUGUUGGUAGAAAUUCUCUCCCCUAAGAGGCAUGUAGGAGUGUUGGUCUUUCAAUCAGUGGCCAUUCUGUCUGAUGGUUAUAAUUUUGCUCUUGUUGUUCUGUCUUUGGAAUUUCAUACUGUCAGCCACCAGUCUUCUCAUCUCUAUAAACCGGUACCUAACAAAUGUAACUGCUGAAUGCUAUUUCUAAUUAAUUCAUCGGCAAUAUCGAUGCCACUCCAUAUCCUGGGAUUUUCCAUUCAAUCCUGGGGUUGUGAAAGAAACGUUCUCAAGAACCUUCAUGAAGUUUACAUGGACUUGGGAACUGAGUCACUGAGGGAUGUAAAAGAAAAUGGACUUUGUAGUUUGAUCUUGAUUUCUUUCUAUUUAUAGCUGAAUAUAUGAUUGUUGGAACUGAUAAAAGUUUCCAUCCAGACAAAUAGAUAUUUAUAGACAACCCACCCCCCGGUUAGGCUUCUUUUUUGAAUUAGAAUAUGUAAUAACUUGAUACAGUAUAAUCUUUCAAAUCUUCAUUGUGGAAUUAAUCUGCCUAGCUGUAGGUAGGCAUUGGGUAGGCACUUUUUUAACCAAAGAAUUUUUGAAGGUUUCUCUCCUACCCUACUUUUCCCUUUGCUCCUCUUCUUUCUUCUCUUUCCUGUACAUUCUUUCUCCUUGUGCAGAAAUGAUCAGCUAGCAAGUGUCUAUACCACUUUGGAGCUGCACAUCAUGAAACAAAAGCAUGAUGAUCACAAGGACUGAUAUGUUCACAGCAGGAUGUGUGCGUAUGUGGCAGUCAGUAGUUUAUCACUGGUCUUCCGGGAUGAUGUGUGCACACAGUAGAAAGCUACCUUGCCUUGGUACCAUAUAUCCAGGCACCGUGCGUUGCAUUUUUCUGCUCAAAAUGCUGUCAUAGAGUUAGUUCAUUCUGUCUGCGUUCUAAGACUAAAGACACAGUAUUCAAAUGAAGAGUAGCUAAAAAUCAUUUGAACUGCUUAGUUAAUUUUUGGUUAAGUUAUUGGUGGUCUCUAAAAAUGCAUUUAAAGGUUAAAAAGUCCAGAAAUAAUAUCUUGGAUGCAUAUGAAAAUUCAGAUGUAGAAUAAGUGACUUCAAGACCACAAAGAUCCAGACCUUGAACCCAGAAUCAUGACUUGAUUUCCGGAGUUGACUUAGCCUUUUACGAUAAUUUAAAAAGAGUUUUUAAAAUAAUUUCUUUCUUUAUGCAUGAAAAAUUAAUAUAGUUGUUGGGUUUAGGUCAAAAUGGGGAAUGAGAGUUUUAUCACUAUUUAUACCUCUGGAAGUAAAAUUCAGAUAGUAAUUACUGAUCUGUUAUAGAGACUUGCUUAGGAUUUUUCUUCAGUUGGUUUUGAAAGAGACACAACAAACACAAACUUGCACUACCACUGACUGAAACAUUUUAAUUAGAUAAUUAACACUAAAACAUUGAUUUAGCAGAUUGUAGAGUUAAUUUACCAAAAUUCAGACUAUCAAAACUUGCUAGCAACCUGUGAGCAGGGCCGAUGAUGAAGCCAGGAGGUUUCUCAUAUGACUUAGAACACAGCUGAAUGCAAUCCCCACUGAAGAGUUAACCCUUGAAUCUUUAAAAAAGACUUCCUGAGCUCUUCAUUAAGAUUUUUUCCCAUGAGGCCCACAGUCUUCCCGGGAGGGAAAAAAAUUUCUAGCUUUAAUUACUCAGUACUUUUUGAUAAAGCCAAUUCUCUUACUGACCAAUUGUUGGGAAAUUUGCAAUGAUUUCCCCAAAGCUUGCUUUCUACAAAAUGCAGGAACCGUGGUAGCUCCUGCUCUUAAGACUUCUUUAAGCCAGGAGGUGAAGGCACACACCUUUAAUCCCAGCACUCUGGGAGGCAGAAGCAGGCAGAUCUCUGUGAGUUUGAGGACAGCGUGGUCUACAGAGUGAGUUCUAGGACAGCCAGAAAUACACAG